AUCAUUCAGUGAACAUCCUUCAGAACUUCAACAUUUAAAGUCAAAUCAACAUUUAAACUUUCAAAAAUGAAAUUCCUUCCAAUCAUUUUCUUCAUUGCUGCAAUCUUUGUUGCUGAAAUCAAAGCUGGUGGACCAGCAGAACCAAGCGUUUGUGAAGUUGUAGCUCAAAUCAGCUUUGAAUUCACUUCAUUUACAUCCAAUCUUCUUCGUUUGUACAUUCUUAAUCUACCACGUAGUGAUGAAAUUUCUGCUGGAGAUAAGUCAGGCAAAUUAGACGGUUUAGUGGAUGUUGUGCAAAGAAAUGCUGACGUUCCUGAAGAAGAUAAAUCAAUUAUUUUGAAAUUAGUAAGUGUUGAUGAUGGAUUCGGAGGAAGAUCAUUGGCUGAUCAACUUACACGUUCUAAUAUCUGGGAUUGCUUGGUUAGCAUCUUCACUGGCUCUUUGAAUCAAGUUGUUGCUGGUUAA